AUGACGGCGCAGGUCGCACUCGGCGGCAGCAGUGGGCAGGCCAAUGGCAGCAGCAGUAAUGGCCUGAACGGCAGCACUCAUACCAAUGGCGGUGCCGCAGCCUCCUCCAAUGGCAGCGUCUCAAGUGCUGCCGCAGCGGUGCGCCCACGCGCAGACAAGGUGCUCGCAGACGACUCGCUCUUCCACCCGCUGUACGAGGGUAGCUCGCUGGAUCGGCGCGAGCUCAUCCGGCUGGCGAUGCAGACGCUCACGGAGAUGGGCUACGACGACUCGGUCCGAGCACUGCGGACCGAGACCGGCGUAGAGCUAGAGCACGACUCGAUCGUCGCCUUCCGCACCGCCGUGCUGCAGGGCGACUGGCGCAAUGCAGAGCCUCUGCUGCUCGAAGGCCUCACGAGCGGCGCCGCGCGCGUAGCAGCGCGCCAAGGCGCCGGUCGCUCUCGCAUUGCCAGCAGUGGUGGGGCGGGCAGCACAAGUGCGCCGAACUUGGAUGUGGCGCUUAGGGCGCCUGAGAGCAAGGGACUGGAUUCGAUCAAGUUUCUGCUGCACCAGCAACGCUACCUUGAACUGCUCGAGGCGAGACAGACCAAGAAGGCCCUCUCGAUUCUCAGGGAGCGAUUGGCGCCGCUGAACCGCGGAUCCGAGAGACUGCAUCAGCUGUCGAGUCUGGUGAUGUGCAGCUCGCCGGCUGAACUGAGAGCACGGGCGCACUGGGAAGGCACGGGAGAGACAUCGCGGCGCAAGCUGCUGCAGGACAUCGAGAGCGCCGUCUCGCCGUCCAUCAUGGUGCCCACUCGACGUCUCCCGGAGCUCCUGGAGCAAGCGCAGACGCUGCAAAAGCAGCGCGAUGCCUUCUUCAACCUGCCCGCCGACGCCCAUCUCUCGCUCUACGUCGACCAUCGCUCUGACCGCUCCGUCUUUCCCACGCACACCAGCGCCAUCCUCACGGGCCACGGCGCUGGCCAAAUAUGGGACCUGGCGUGGAGUCAUGACGGCACGAGACUGGCGACGGCGGGAGGGAAGCAACUGCAGGCGAGCGACGAGGAAUGCUUCGUUGUCGUGUGGCGGCCAAAGAACAUCUCGUGGAUCGAGCAAGGCUACGGCGAGGGUUGGGACAUUGCCUCGCGACUCGGGCCGCUACGACACUCUAUCUCGUGCGUGGCUUGGUCGCCGGAUGACUCGAUCAUCCUCGCCACAUCGGGCUGCGACGUGACGCUCUUUUGGCUGGCGCGUCACCACAUUCCCUCGGCGCACGAGUACAUGAUCGGCUCGGCCAGCUGGCUGCCCGACGGCAAGAGCUUCAUCACCGGCGCCAUGGACCACAAGAUCGUCGUGCGGAAUCUCGAGGGCAGCGUGCUCAACGUGAUCAACCUGUCGCCCUUCCGCAUCCUUGCGCUCUCCGUCUCGCCCGACGGCCGCACGCUCGUCGCAGUAGCCAACCGCACGCUGCCCAACAACGCCGCUUCCGCCGCCGCGCAAGAGUCACGUCGGCAUGCUGCGCCCGCAGGCUCGUCGUCGACGGGCACGGGCUCGCAGGCGUCGUACAGCUACAGCGAGAGUCCCAGUCCGCUCUCGGCCACGCAGGGACAUGCAGAGGAUGGCGAAGAGGGCGCGGCGACGGGCGCUGCGGCGCCACUUGACCUUGGCGGCGGAAGCCGCACGCUCGGCGACGAGAAGAACCAGAUCAUCUUCUAUGACUUACACAAGCAGGAGAAGCUUGGCUCGGUGUACAUGUGGGACGAGAUGAUGAGCGUGUGCAUCAGCGGCGACUCGCGCUUCGCGCUCAUCAAUGCGCGCCCGAGCGAGGCGCAGCUGUGGGACAUGCAGACGCAGAGCCUGGUGGGCCGCUACAGCGGCCACAAGGCGGUGAACCUCGUCAUCAAGAGCUGCUUCGGCGGCGCCGAGAAGAGCUUCGUCAUCAGUGGCUCGGAGGACGGCCACGUCUACGUGUACCACCGCGGCACGGGCAAGCUGCUGGAGCGUCUCUCGGGGCACGAGGGCCCGAUCAACAGUGUGGCCUGGCAUCCAACACACCACGCGCUCUUCGCCUCGGCCUCUGACGACUCGACGGUGCGCAUCUGGACGCCGUCGGACAUCGGCCGCUUCCGCGCCCUCAACGUCUCGGAGCGCGAGGCGGGCGAUGCGCUGGCGUCGGGACGCAGGGGCGCGGUGGGCGCCAUCAGCGGCGUCUCGUCACGAGCAUACGGGCACGCUGCGUCGGCAUCGACGUCGUCUGGCCCCACGCCGUUCCCAUGGGAGCGCUCGCCGCACGCCGCGGCGAGCGACGACGACGCCGAGCUCUCGCUGCCCGCCGAGCCGAGCGACAUGUUCAUGUCCUCCUGA